AUGUUGACCACAGCAGGGCUCACGCUUAACAGUCUCAUAACCUCUAGGCUACUGGGGCAAAAGAGCUCAGUCACCACCAGCGCUGCUGGUAGAGGGCCGAUCAACCCCCGGGACCCUCAUCAGAUUACAUUAAGUUCAGAAAGCAGUGAUGUUGCCCUAAACCUGAUCAGGAUAGAGCUAAACCAUACUUAGCGCGGUAAACGCAAGCAAAACCUAGAAAGUUCAAAAUAUCUAGAAAUGAAAUCCAAGACGAAAAAAAAGAGCAAAAUUGUGACUGACCUCCCAUUUAUUCUCUCUUUAAUUAACGGCUACUAUAACUCUAUAUUUUUCUCUCUUGUCCCCGCCUAUACCUUAUAAUUCCGUCCGCUGGUCUUUUUUCUUUUCCCCGUCACAAUGGCCAAGGACCGGUCUGAUAAAGAGAGAAAGAAGGAGAAGAAGGACAAGAAGCGGUCGGAGACAGAUGGCGUGCACAAGAAGUCUAAGAAGGAUAAAAAGAAGGACACGAGCUUGCUUUCCGAAGCUGUGGAGAAGAAAUUGACGACAACGGUCCUAGAGCAGCUGGAGAAACCCGAUGCUUCCCCAGCGCCUGCUGCUGAGACCGCGUCAAAGAAACCCGCUGCGGAGCGUCCUGUUGGUGCUCUCGUUCCCUUCGCGAACCCGUUAGCGGACGAUAAGUUAGCGAAGAAGGUGCUCAAGAGUGUUAAGAAAGCCGCUGUAAAUAAGUCUCUUAAACGAGGCGUGAAAGAGGUCGUCAAAGCACUCCGGAAAUCGCCUGUACCCGCAGCAAACGCCGUUAUCGACACUCCAAGCGCCGUCGUCGUACUCGCAGCCGAUAUCUCACCUAUGGACGUAAUAUCACAUAUCCCCGUUCUCUGUGAAGAUCAUGGAAUCCCCUAUAUUUAUGUCUCGUCAAGAGCUGAGUUAGGCAGUGCCGGCGCCACCAAGAGACCGACAAGCGUUGUCAUGGUGCUCCCACGAUCAAGUGCGAAGGUCAAGAGAGACAAGGGUAAGAAGGAUGGCGGCGAUGGUGAGGACAUGGAGUAUUAUACGGAACUUGUCAGAGUUGCUCAGAAGGAAGCUCAGAAGGUAAAAAUCUAGAGAAUAGUUUUAUGCUCUGGUCUGCCUUCUUCCAUGUGCUUUUUUUUUUUUUUUUUUUUUUUUUUUUUUUUUGCAUGUCCCCUACGCUCUUCCUAUUCGCAUUUCUCUUUGUUUUCAUUCCCAUCCUGAUGGGUGUUCUCCGUCGUUUUCUGCUCUGUGUUCUGUUGUUCUGCGCACACGAAGGUUCUUACUUCGUAUAUCUGUUGGAUCAUGGUACGAGCCAUAUAUCUGCGAUGCGAGGUGACGGGAUCUCGGUCUUCAUAUCCAUUACGUAUUUUUUUGUCUGGCGUUCAUAAAUGGGUGUAUAAAAAGGGACGGAAUGAAUACUACUUGUUUUUUAUUUGGCUUCGUUUCAUUUUUCUCAUUCGGCCUAUUGCCUUUUCCGAUGAUAUUUUGCCGACCCGUUGCAAAUCAAUCUUGCUAGAGGAACACUCCCGACAAUGUCCACAGGAUGACACUGUUCUUGGUACUUCCGAUUCUGGUCCUUUACAAAGACGCUACGUCAUGGGUAUGUUCAGGAGCCAAAUCUCAACUGACCAGAAUGAAAAUGACCAUGCCGACCCAAUCAAAUUUCAUCUUUCAACAUCAUAAAUUACAGGUACAUGAAUGAAAGGUAAAACACACACACUCAUUCACUCGCACGGAUACAGGAUAGCAUGGCGUGAGACGGGGGAUGAUGCUAUACUACUGCAUGGUGAAUCCGCCUCCAGGAUUGAUCCUGUUGGUACUCUCGUACAAGUCCAUGAAAGUCAGGGUUUGAGAAAAUCGUGUAGUCCUGAUCUGUUGCCUUUGACUUAAAAUAUUAAACAUGGAAAGUAAUUCAAGGUAACAGCUCGGUUUAGAACAAUUGUUUGAUGAAUCUCCGUAUAUGUGCAGGUAUUCUAACCUUCUCACAUGGUUGAUGUAACCUUGGUACUGUAAAUUACGUUCCUC